GGACGCGUCCUGCGGGCCGUGCUCUACGUCUACCACAGCAGGCUGCUCCGGCACCGGUCCUACCUGGCCCUGCAGCAGGUAGAACAGUGCUUGAAGCGCCUAUGGAAAAUGAACUUGGUGGGCUGCAUUGAAACUCUGGCAGAACUGAUUCCCAAGAAAAAUACAUCCCAAGCCCAUGCAGAGUGCUUAGUUCCCAGCCAGCCUAUGCUGGAAACAGUGGCCAUGAAGGUGUUGGGAGGUUGCAAGCUUAUACUACGUCUGCAGGAUUGUUGCUGUAAAGCUUUUCUCUUGUCUGUUAAACAUCUCUGCUCGGAAGAAUUCAUACUUUUGAACACUGUGGCUUCGGGGUUGUUGAGCCGACUAUGGAUUCAGUACAGGUGUGUAUUGGAGACCCUCAUGUCCUUGUAUGGUGUGUUGUCGACAUCACUUCAUCUCGUAUCUGAGACCCAACAGAUGCCUUAUAUCAAGGGGUUUACCUUCCCUUCUGAUAUCAGUGACUUCCUUGGAGUUAACAUUUCUUCUGAGGUCAAGAAGCAAAAGGCUAGAAUGCUUACAACAAAAAAACCUAGCAGCUGGCUGAAGAAGCUCUUCUCAACAAUGCCAGAGGCAGCAUCAGAAGUUGGGAAAACCAGAAAUUUUGCUACCUGCAUGAGUGCUGUGAACAACUGUAGCAUCUCAUGCCCUGCAGACAGUGGGGAGCCAGCUCUGGUGACCAGAGCCAGAAGAGGGAAGCACCAGGGAUUUGAUGUGAAGAACUUGCUUAGACCAUCCAGACCUCCAAAACAAGAGGGUAUAAGCAUUGCAUCAACACCUUUUAAAGCAAAGUCGUCAUCACCUUCCUCUCGGAUAGCAAAAUUGCAGCAUGCUGGAUCUCUUGUGCAGAUGGUCCAAACAGCGACGUCAUUUGGGGAACUGUCAGAGGCACUCAGAAAAGCUAUUCUGUGGUGCAAAGGCAACAAAUUCAGAUCAGAAGCUUAUUUUCUGCGUAACAAAUUGUUGAAAAGCAACCGGCUGCACCAUGUGGAGGCUCAAGGAUGCAGCUUGAAGAAAAAACUCUGCUGUGUCAAAACAUCUGUCCGCAAAUACCUCCUAUAUGGGUCACAAAAUGCACGCUGGCCAAAGCAGUACCUCGGGGCACGGUUCUAUCGAAGAAGGAUCAAACCAUCUGCACGCUUGAAGAGAACUCUGAAGACUGUUCGGCAAAAACCUUCUGAGCUUUUUGGGGUCUGUGAGAACGGUGCAUCACUCAUCCUCCCAGCUUACCAGGAUGGGUCUCCGAGCUGGGAAGGACAUUCCAGUGCUGAUACAGGUCCUGUCAGACUAGGCACGGCAGGGGCCCUGAAGCAGCUGCUGCUGGAAGGAAGCCCUGGCCCUGGCUGGAAAGAAGCUACUGAGAACAUGGAUAUUGAUUCUAUUUAA